AUGGCGAGUGAUCAUCGUCAUCAUCACCCUAACACAGAAGCCAUGGCAGAUAUAUACCCUAUAGACGAGGCCUACGCAAUGUUCCUGUGGGUCGGCACCCCAGUGCAAAUCGUGUUCGUCACUCUUGACACGGGAAGCCCCAUCACAUGGUUCCAAUGCGACCCUUGCCCCCACUGUUACCCCAUGCAGCGCCCUCCCUUCAACUCACGUGCCUCAAGUUCCUUCAGAGAACUCGGGUGCUACUCCGACACGUGCCUCAUCCCAAUGAUGAGGGGCAUUUUCGGAAACUGCACUUCAUGGACAUGCAGAUACAAUGUAGAAUAUCAAUUUUCCACGCAACCUCGCUCUCGCUCUCGCUCUCGCUCCUUCGGUAAGAUGGUAACCGAAACCCUCAACUUGGAACGUUCGAAUCUUCAAGUCAAUGACUUCAUCGUGGGGUGUGGCGAUUCCUACGAAGGUCCCUUCAGGACUCAGUUUUCGGGUGUUUUUGGUCUCGGAAGAGGUCCACUUUCGGUGCAAAGUCAACUCCAUGCAAAGGCCUUCUCGUUUUGCAUGGUGAGUCAAGAAUCCGAGAAACCCUCGUCUCUUGAGUUUUACGACACGCCACCUAAACCACACCAACGUGGUAGAAACGUUUCCAUUAUGGUUCCAUUGAGGGACAAUAGUUGGUACCCUUACUAUUACUUUGUGCAGUUUGUGGGAAUAGGGAUCAACGGCUUCAUGUUGGAUAUUCAAUCUAGUGUUUGGGGUUACGGGCUUAACUACGAUGCUGGGGUUGUUGUGGACACGGGAACGGUGUUAACCUAUUUGCCACGUGAUGCGUAUAGUGUGUUUAGGUCGGAGAUACGUAGAACGGAUCGUAACCUUACCAAGAGACGAGGGUAUGAGGAGCUAGAGUUUUGUUACGAAGAAGGUGCAACGAAUGUUUAUCCAACCGUUGAAUUUUACUUUGAGAAUGGUGAUGUUGCGGGUGAGAAUUUUGUGUCAUUCAAGUUGGACAACGACCAAUUGCUCUUGAGAGUGGAAGAGGGAACGGUUUGUUUGGCGUUUGCUGAAGGGAAAAAUUCUGCACUUACGGUGAUUGGCAGUAACAAUCUCCAAGGAACUCAGUUAAUGUAUGAUCUGGUCAAUGAGAUCCUUGUCUUCACGUAUAAUAACUGUUAG